AUGUGGCAAGAUCACAUCGUUGCUCACUUUCAUGGGUUAAUUCCUCCUCCAGCAAAGAUUCUCGCUGAUCUUAACCCAGCUUGGGGUAAGUUCAGGAAGAUAACAAUAAGAAUUGUCUCAGAAACCUCAUGCCUCAUCUACAUUCCGUGUGUGCAAACAAGAGAGUGGGUCCUCCAGGUUGGAUACUGGCAAGUCGACCAUGUAGCUUUCUCGGUUUUCCCAUGGUCACCUGACGGUAAUCUCUCUCCUCCAGAGCUGCUUACAACCCCCACCUGGGUAGUUCUUAAAAAUGUUCCACCUCAGUUAUACUCGCUCGAUGGAAUCAGUGUAGUCGCUAGCAGAAUUGGCGAACCAUUCUGCACAGAAAAGUCAAGACUCGAUCCAUAUCACUUCGGUAAUACCAAGAUUAAAGUUGAGAUCAGUCUCGAAGAAACGCCUCCGGAAGUUGUUGAAGUUUGUGAUACAGUAGGAAAUAAGGCCAUAAUCAAUGUGGAGUAUCCAAGGUUACCGCUGAAAUGCUGUAAUUGUGGUAGGUUCAGCCAUCUAAUGAGAAGGUGUCCAAAGCCCGCUAUGAAGAAGACUUCGCAACUACCGAAACCGGAAAGUACUCCUAAAAUUGCCUCUGUUACAACUAAAGUGUCACUUGAGAACUCUCAGGAAGAUCAAAUUACCUCUAUUGACCAACCUUUACCAGUGUCAAGCUUAGUAGAGAAUCAUAAGUCUUCGGUAUCAAGACGGAGGAGAUCCCGCUCUAGGAGUAAGAAAAACGUCAAAUCACAGAGGAGUGGGUGA